AUGGCCACUUUACCAGAAUAUGAUAAAGAACAACUGAACUAUUACAGAAUUUCCUAUAUAACAACAGAUAUAUUAGCAGAGGGUCUGCGGUCUGUAUUCAAACAAGAAUGGGAUAAUCGCUACAAGGCUACUCUGGGAGAGUGGAAAGAUGACCCUGAAAGUGGGAUGUAUUUUUUUAACGGAGAGUCCGUGCUAAACCAAGUACGAAACAGGCGUCUCCUGGAGACCAUGCUAAAUGGGAACAGAAGUAAAUGGGACUGCAAUAUGCUGUUUUACGCUAUUCUCGAUUCUGAUUGUAUCGGAAAAGGUAUCAGCACAACGGUCAAGACUAACGUAGACAUUCUAAGAAACUUCAGAAUUGAAGAAUUCGCUGAUAUGCGACGAGGUCUUCUUACAGACAGAGACUUUCAAGAUGCCAUUGGUAAAAUUCGUGGUGCAUUUCAAGCUCUUGGCCUCUCCACAAAGCAAGUUGAUGAUGUCAAAAAUCAGACAAGAUUUCCCACGGAGGAGUUAAGACUCAUCACGAAGAAGGUUGAUGAUCUUGAAAUGGAACUUCGACAAGAAAAACAGCGACCAAAAAUUCUUAAGGAUGAGCUAAAAAAUAAAGUCUCCAAUUUUUGCGUUCUUCCUGCUAAGCCCUCACAUCACGUGACAGAACGCAAUCGCGAGGCAAGUGAAAUAACAAAACGGCUCAAAGCGUUAAAAGAGGUUAACAAAAAUGACCUCAGUUACCUGUACAUCUCUGGGAAACCGGGAAGUGGCAAAUCACAGUUAGCAGGUCUCGUAGCUAAGGGUUUCUUCGAAGAAGCAAACGAGAUUCCAUCUGCUACCCCAUGUGUGAUGACGUUAGAUGCUGCAAGCCCUGAUUCACUUUAUGGUCGUAUGGUUUAAUGGCUCGGCAAUUAAAGUGUCCUGAAUAUGCAGUUACCAACACCCUUAACCUCAAGGACAUUAAAAUUGAAGAGAAAAUAGCAAGCUUGAAAAUGCUAGUUGCAACGAAAAUCGGGUUGUACACGACUUGGCUGCUGGUAGUGGACAAUGUCUCUAGUAUGUCAUGGGUCCAUGUUCAUCUACCGGAACGCGGAAACGAACAGUGGUCAAAUGGCCAGGUACUGAUUACAACUCAGGACGUCUCGUCCGUCCCUUCAACUAACUCCUUCGUUAAUCAUGUCUCUAUAAGCAAAGGUAUGGAUGUUGACGAUUGCCGUAGAUUGUUAGAGACACUAUCUGGAAUCGCUGACUGUGAGAUGGCAAAAGAGGUAGCAAAAAUGUUGGACUAUCAACCUCUCGCCUUAGCAAGCGCCGCAACUAAUGUUAAUCAGGUUCGACAGAACAAAGCUACUUCCAACUUCCACUGGGUCGACUUCUUAGAAAAAGUACAAAAAGGACAACAAAGCAGCACAGAAGAAUUUCCUGAGGAAAGCAAACUAAGCUACCCAAAGUCCAUUACCUCAGCGACAACAUUUGCUGUAAAAAACGCGAUGUUGUCCGACAAGAUUAUCGAUCAAACUUUCACUUUACUUUCUCUGUGUUCAUCACAACCGUUAAGCUUGGACAUUGUAAACAGUUACAUUCUCAAAGUGGAUGAACAAGCCGAAGAUAAAGAGUCGAUUUGCAUGAGAAUCAAGAGGUGUUCACUUGUGUUAUUUGAAGAGGACCAAGAUGGAGCCUGUAUUCGCGUACAUGGGGUUGUGCAUGAGGCCAUCAAAGCUGUAGUGAAGGAUCAGUUAGAGAGAAGUAAAUUUCAUCAGGCAGUGAAUGCAGUGGUGACAUCAUUUAGGCAUUUUCUUGACGUUAUUUCAAAAGGCCGACAGCACUUAAAUAUCAAGCACGUUGUCCCUCAUUUAAAAGCCUUUAUCAUAAAUAUUGAAUCUCUGUUUUCGGUACUUCGUGGAAACGUAGCUUUUGUCACGGAGAAAGCAAGAGUACCAGAGUAUGUUCAUUCAUACUUAAAGUUUGGCAUGAUUUGUACUGAUAACUGCGAGUUUCGCAUAGCACGAAAGUACUAUGAAAAUGCACUUAGCAUGCAUUUAAAACAUUUCAGCCCUGAUCAUACUGAUGUUGCAAUCAUCUACACUCACUUGGGUGAUAUACACCUGCGAUUGGGUGACAUCGAGCAGGCAAGAAAGUAUCAGGAACGUGCCCUCGUCAUUUUUCUAAAGAAGCUGGGUCCUGACCACACGGACAUUGCAACUAUUUACUCUGAAUUGGGUGUUACACACCUGCGAUUAGGUAAUAUCAAGCAAGCAAAGGAGUAUCAGGAACGUGCCCUCGCCAUUUGGCUAAACAGGCUGGAUCCUGACCACACUGACGAGGCAACUGCUUACUCUGAAUUGGGUGUUAUACACCUGCGAUUAGGUGACAUCGAGCAAGCAAAGGAGUAUCAGGAACGUGCCCUCGUCAUUUUGCUAAAGAAGCUGGGUCCUGACCACACUGACGUUGCAACUAUUUACUAUCAAUUAGGUGUUAUACAUCUGCGAUUAGGUGACAUCGAGCAAGCAAAGGAGUAUCAGGAACGUGCCCUCGCCAUUAGGCUAAACAAGCUGGGUCCUGACCACCAUAACGUGGCAACUAUUUACUCUGAAUUGGUUGUUAUACACCUGCGAUUAGGUGAUGUCAAACAAGCAAAGGAAUAUCAGGAACGUGCCCUCGCCAUUUGGCUAAACAGGCUGGGUCCUAACCACACUGACGUAGCAACUGCUUACUCUGAAUUGGGUGUUAUACACCUGCGAUUAGGUGACAUCGAGCGUGCAAAGGAGUAUCAGGAACGUGCCCUCGCCAUUUGGCUAAACAGCCUGGAUCCUGACCACACUGACGUAGCAACUGCUUACUCUGAAUUGGGUGUUAUACAUUUGCGAUUAGAUGACAUCGAGCAAGCAAAGGAGUAUCAGGAACGUGCCCUCGUCAUUUUGCUAAAGAAGCUGGGUCCUGACCACACUGACGUUGCAACUAUUUACUCUGAAUUGGGUGUUAUACAACUGCGAUUAGGUGAUAUCGAGCGGGCAAAGAAGUGUCAGCAACGUGCCCUCGUCAUUUUUCUAAAGAAGCUGGGUCCUGACCACACUGACGUUACAACUAUUUACUCUGCAUUGGGUGUUAUACACCUGCGAUUACAUGACAUCGAGCAAGCAAAGGAGUAUCAGGAACGUGCCCUCGUCAUUUUGCUAAAGAAGCUGGGUCCUGACCACACUGACGUUGCAACUAUUUACUCUGAAUUGGGUGUUAUACAACUGCGAUUAGGUGACAUCGAGCAAGCAAAGGAGUAUCAGGAACGUGCCCUCGUCAUUUUUCUAAAGAAGCUAGGUCCUGACCACACUGACGUUGCAACUAUUUACUCUGAAUUGGGUGUUAUACACCUGCGAUUACAUGACAUCGAACAAGCAAAGGAGUAUCAGGAACGUGCCCUCGCCAUUUGGCUAAACAGGCUGGAUCCUGACCACACUGACGUAGCAACUGCUUACUCUGAAUUGGGUGUUAUACACCUGCGAUCAGGUGACAUCGAGCGGGCAAAGGAGUAUCAGGAACGUGCCCUCGCCAUCAGGCUAAACAAGCUGGGUCCUGUCCACCAUAACGUGGCAACUAUUUACUGUCAAAUGGGUCUUAUACACCUACGAUUAGGUGACAUCGAGCGGGCAAAGGAGUAUCAGGAACGUGCCCUCGUCAUUUGGCUAAACAAGCUGGGUCCUGUCCACACUGAUGUAGCAACUGCUUACUCUCAAUUGGGUGUUAUACACCUGCGAUUACAUGACAUCGAGCAAGCAAAGGAGGAUCAGGAACGUGCCCUCGUUAUUUUGCUAAAGAAGCUGGGUCCUGACCACCCUGACAUUUCAACUAUUUACUCUCAAUUGGGUAAUAUACACCUGCGAUUAGGUGACAUCGAGCAGGCAAAGGAGUAUCAGGAACGUGCCCUCGUCAUUUUGCUAAAGAGGCUGGGUCCUGACCACAUUGAUGUAGCAACUGCUUGCUCAGACUUGGGUCUUACAUACCUGCGAUUAGGUGACUUUGAGCGUGCAAAGGAGUAUCAGGAUCGCGCCCUCGCCAUUAUGGUAAGGAAGCUGGAUCUUGAUCACACUGACGUUGCUUAUUUGUACACUUACUUGGGUGUUUACUUUUCGUCAUCUCUUACCCAGAUCUCUUUUCGACGAAGCCAAAGGCGAGAUAUGGUCCAGUAAGAAAAUUCAAUUCAAGGAGUGAUCCUGCAUCUGCGCACCCAAUUGCGUGUGGAAUUCACAGUUUGCAAAGUCCUCAGUUUUGUUAAAAAGGACAAUUUUUCCGCUGAAUAAGUAGUUUCUGUUUAAAUUAUAUAGAUUGUAAAACCCAUUUUAUCCUAUCUUAAAAGUUUCUCUCGGUGUUAAGUAGCCUCCCAUGGAGACGUUUUUAGGGGUUCGUCACGCGUUCCUGCCCCCCUAACGUCUGCUGAAACGAGAGGAAAAAUCAAAGCACACUUCCAGAUCUGGGAAGUGCACUUUGGACGUUGAGAAUUUCUCGCUUGACUUAGCUCCAGAAAAGAUCAGAAAGGUCUCAUGAAAGGUGAAGACCUUACAGUUUUAGAACAAACUACUCGGUUAACUCACACGCCUUCGUAGAGGCUACCCUCACGAUCUCCUUGAAAAAUAUUACCUCGGAGGUUAAAUUUGCUGAACGGAAGUCGGCUUUACUACAAAGCAAUAAAGUGUGAAAAAAGUCUGUCUUUUGUUCAGUUACAACGUACAACCCCGCCGUCAGGGUCACCCAACGACGGUUUCCUCCUAAAUAUAUUGAAAACAUCUUUAGACUAUCCAGAGUGCUUUUAGAUGUCUAGAAAGGUAUUCUAAGCGGCGCUAUAAAAUUUGUACCUGUUCGGUCAUCCUAGGGGAACUUGAGUCUUUUCGAAAUUACAAGGGCUUCAGUAUUAUUUUCCCGAAAAUUUUAGAUGCAAUUUAUUGUAUUCCUCCUUCCUGAUUCCUCUCUCCAUCCUAUUUUUGAAUCCGAAAAUUUUAAGUUUCCUUUUAUUCUACAAAAAAAUAGCCUAACCUGGGGGUGAUAUGUAAAAAAAUUCAAACCUUCAGAAAAUCGUAGGAAAUUUAUGAGAUAGAUUUCGAAAAUUGUAAUUGAAUGGGACGGAAAUCUAGAAACAUUUAGCCGUUCUCAAGUAAUAGAAAAUUCUCGUCAAUAUUUUCUUCUUCGAAGAGAUGUUUUACAGAAAACAGUCGUUGGGUGCCCCUGCGCCGUUGCAUCACCCAAAGAACAACUUUGAAUAUGAGCAAAUGACAUCUAAUCCAGCCUUUAAAGAGAGAAAUACACAAAAAGCCAACGCUUAACUCCUACAUUAUAUUUCUGUCCGGAGCAAAAAUCUUUGGUCCUGUAUCACACUCUACCGAGCUUGUACGUAUGUGUUUGGCUUGUCAGCAUUUUGACUUCAACAGCGCCGAUUGGAUCUCCGAUAAUCUGCAUGUGAUCUCCUGCUGGUGUUUGCGAACGAUGGGAAAGGAACUUAAGUUUUGGUUCAGCAGACGCUAGUGGGGCAGGAACGCGUGACGAACCCCUAAGAACGUCUGCGUGGGAGGCUAGGUAUUAAGAGGAUAUGGCCAAAAAAUUGUCCCAUAAUGCUUUGAGCCUUGAGCUAUGAGCUUUGAAUGAUUAAAUUUAAACUACAGUCAAACCAAGUCAAGCGUACCCCCCAAGAUUCUAUUAAUGAAUUGAUUAUUUGAAAAAUGAAUCCGUUUGUCGUUCCCGUAACUGGUGUCAAAUUCCGGCAGCACUAAAACACGGAAUCCGGAAUCGGAAACGGAAACGGAAACGGAAACGGAAUACGGAAUCUGUGAAAGAAGGUUCCAAGCGAUCGAUUUGAAAAAAAUAAUAUUAGCAAUGACAAUGAAAUAAAUAAACAGAAAAAAAAAAAAGGCACAAAUGAAUAAAUUAGCUGAGUACAGGAGAGGAGACUGCUGUGUCACUAGAGGAGUCGAUUCCGGUGAAAAGACGCUUGAUACCACUGUCGGCAAUGAAUGCAAAUUCUCAUGGGACAGCAAAGCGAGGAGAAAAACGUGACUGACAAAAACUAGUGCCUUAACAAAAAGGUAAGUUAUAUGGAGACAGACUUCGUUUGAAUCGUCUGAGGCGUCGUUUACAUAACUGAAAGGCGUCGCCGUCAAGUUUUUCUCAGUGUCUUUUCUGGGUUGUCUUCAACAGUGUUCAGUUUUAUUUAUCAAGACAACUUACUCAAGAGAACCAUGGCAUUGUGGAGUCCACAGAGAAGAGAGAAUUGUGCAUGCAUUUGCUUGAUUCCGCAACCGAUUACAUCAAAAUAAUGCGCCAUGUUUAAUAAGCCUCUUCAACAAAAAUACGGACGUCCACGUAAACUCAAUUACCGGUACACCAGUAUUCCAUCAGUAUUCAGCUUGGCGAAAAAGUUGAACUUAUUGCUAAAACACCGGAACUGUGGUCACGUCACCGGUCGGUCAUGUGUGGAGUAUUCAGUUUGGGGACAAUCACGUGGUGUGGUCUGAGGCUAACUUCGACUAUUCUUGACAAUUAGCUACAAAAGUAAUAUUUAACUGUAUUAUUCAACCCAUGAACUCGUGAAUAAAAAUUACUCGUAAAAUUACUUUCAUCGGCCUUGCAGUACAGUAACCCACACUACGGCAAACCUUAUCAAGACACAAUAACAAGAAUAUAUUUAAGGGAACUGCCAAGAAAACUAAGACAAAUUCUCUUUGGAUUGUACUAAAUUGUGUAUUGUGAAAUUCUUUAAUUUUCUAUCAUCGAUAUUUGAUUCCGUAUUCUGUUUCCGUUUCCGUUUCCGUGAUUCCGUUUCCGUUUCCGGAUUCCGGAUUCCGUGUUUUAGUGCUGCCGGUCAAAUUCAAAGCGGCAUUUCUGCAUUGCGUAAUGAGCAGUGAAUAUUUUACGAGAACUUCUCUGUAUUUGGUCAGAUUGGAAAUCUUUGAAUGGAUUAAGCUUCUUAGAAGACAUUUACAUCAAUUUCAGGAAAAUGGAGCUGGUAGAAAUUUUAUAACUGCCUCGCGUGUGAAUUCACGGCUCAUUACACAUGCAAGAAUGCAGAGAUCAAUCUGAAAUCUACAACUAGCAACGGAUUCAACUUUUGAAUAAUAAAUUCAUUAAUGUACUCUUGGGGGGUACGCUUGACCUGGUUUGACUGUAAUUGUCGCAUAAACACAACAACUUUCUUUAAUUUUCCAGACAUGUUUCGGCGGUACAUCCGUUAUCUUCAGUGUUACAUAUUUUGAAACUAAUUGUCCCUUUGAAUUUGAUAAUACAAAAAACUUCGCGGCUCUAUCCAAUUAUUCGUCGUUUAACAUGGCCGACGCUUUGAAAAUUUAUCUUAAGCAUGCGCUCUUAGUAUCAGGUGACCACGUGCACAAAUCGGAUUCUUUGGCUUCGUCGACAAGGGCCAGUCUGUGUAUGAGAUCAAACUUUUCGCUGCCGUCGCCAUCGUGGUUAAGUAUGCUCCCGAUUUAACCAUGGACGUGAGAUUGUGUGUGAAAUGAAUGCUGUGUGGUGUGAGGUUUUCUCGAAGUACCUUAUUCUGGUAUUCUUUAUUUCAGAAUCGGAAAAAGCUCAGAAAGUUAUUGCAAAUCGAGCAAAGUACUUAUUAGUUCCAGUGAUGAUUUGUCAAAUUACUCAUUGCAAACGAGCAGCCUAGCCUCGCGAAGACGCGAGGCUGUGAUGCGGCAACCUAAUAGAGCCGUGCGCGAAAGUUCCAAAGCAGAAAAAAUCUCGAAUCCUCCUUAUAUAGUAAUGUAAGGUAACUUUUAUGACGUAAUGCAGAACAGAGCAUAAUAAUGGUAAUAAUAAUAACAAUAAUAAUAAUAAUGAUAAUUUAAUUACUUAUAUUGCGCAGGUAUUCAUAAAAAUGAUCAAAUGCGCAUUACAUCAGUAAUAAAAGCAUAAAAAAAAACUACAAACCUAUUUACAGUAAGCAAAACAAUAAGAAUAUAUACACUUUUACCAUAAAAAUCUAAAAUAUCGAUAUGUAAUAAUUAAAAUUCAUUCAACCAUAAGCAAACUUAAAAAGGUAAGUCUUAAGAUUGCUCUUAAAAGUUUGCAAGUUUGGAAUAUCGCAAAGCUCACGCGGUAGAGCAUUCCAUAACCUGGGCGCAGCCACCUGGAAGGACCUAUCGCCUAGUGUGACCUUAGUUCUAAAUGUUGACGAUGCUUGCAAAAUCCCACCUGACGAUCUAAGGUUAUAUGUGCCUUGCGAUUUCAAGGAGACUAAGUUCUGAAUGUAUGUAGGGGCUAUACCAUGGAUAGCCUUGAAUGCAAAUAACAAAAUCUUAAAAUGAAAGGGCUGCUUUAACGGAAGCCAAUGUAGCUCAUACAUCAGUGGUGUAAUAUGGCUGAAGCGCGGAGCGCAACAAACAAGCCUUGCUGCAGUGUUUAAAACACUGCAUUUGCAUCAUACGGGUAUGCCUGUCGGAUUGGUCCGCUAGAAUUUUUAAUUGCCCGCCGCUAAGAAAAAUAAUAGCGCCGCAAAAUUUAUUGUGUCUUUGUAUUGUGUCGAAGCAAAAAUAAUUCGGAAGGCUUCAUCCGGGCUCCAUAAAUUUUUUUAGCUUUAAAUUAGAUACCAAAUAUAGAUCUGUACGUUGAAUAUUCGCAGAUUUUAAUAUGAUUUUUUCGAGGGUUGUAAGUUUGCUUAUAGACUUUAUAAGACCACUAAAUUUUACGCCAAAUGAUCUGUGGGCAACUUCGGACAAAAACACGAAUUUUAAUAUCUCGAAAGUAUGCUAUGUAAAGUAGGGAUUUAAACAUCUUUAUGCGGUAGAACAGUUUACUUCACUAAUGUCAAGGCAAUUUUCGCUUAUGCAAUCGAAUUGAGUUCAAACUAUUUUUCGUAAAUUGCGGUAAUUCAUGACAUUUUUCACUGAUUUCUCAACAAAUUGAAUAGCGCGUAAAAUCUUUACUCGUUGGCACUUAGCGAUAGCAAUAACUAGUAAGUAACACUAACGUUGUAAUUAAGCAUCUUUCUUAAGAUGCUUAAUUUAACUAAAUCCAACUGAAUUUAUGUAAAUGAUUUAUGGAUAUGAAUUACCAAUAGUUCACCCGCCUCACUCAAACUUAGACUCAGUCGCUUUUUGCUCAUCCGCCUGACCUUUGCAAUUAUCAUGAUAGUUGCCAGCAGAAGGCUGAUUGAGCUAGGUGGGGCAAAAGGAAACAAAUUAAUUCCCAGUCAAAGCCUCAAGUAAACAAUGCUUAAGCCCGACAUUGAAGUAGUGGUUUCAAAAGACCCUCUCCCUACCUCACUGCUUUUGCCUACAGCCAAAGGCCACCCACCCACUGUUAGGGCUGUUCCUGGGCUGUCUGCCUGUGGCGGCCUUGGCGGGAAACACCAUGUUAACAAAUUCGAACCGAUAAAUUGGUUUAGAAACAAAGAAAGAUAGCCAGAAAGAAGGUGAUUGCAGUGUGGAAGUCAACAGGUUUAUUAUAGGUGUUUGUUCUGCAACACCUUAAACAACAUAACCUACGGACACAGACGUAUUUCCGGUCGUCGCUUUUCUCCACUCGAUUGGAGAGAAGCGACGACCGGAAAUACGUCUGUGUCCGCAGGCUAUAAACAACAUAGAACACGUAACAAUUUGUUUUUUGUAUCUGCUCAGGGCACUAAAGUAGAAUCACGAGGAGUGCUAACAGAAGAGUCAGAAGAAGUUGCUAAAGUACAUGAGAAGGUGGCUGAGUUGGCAAGUGAGGAGGCCAUGGGUGCAAGAUACCGUGGAGGAUCGAAAAAAGAGGCGGAUGAGAAGUCUGAUGAAGGACCUGGAGCUGAAGAUAAUGUAGAAGGGGAAAUAUUUUUUGAAGUAGAAUCUGGAGCAAUGGUAACAAGUGAAGGUACCAGGUGGGCCUUCAAACCGUGGGGUAUUCACCUGAUGCUCCCUCCUGAUGCUGUAUCUGAGCGCACGUCAAUAGUGGUCCGCAGAUGCAAAUACAGUAUCUGUUCACCCACGCUGCAGGAGCAUGAAGCCAUCACUAGCAAUGUUAUUGAACUAUCCUUUAUGAAUGGCCCAGAUCUAAAAUUUAACUCCAAAGUGACGCUGUCGCUAUCCCACAGCGCAACAGACCUACAGGGCUACGAGUUAGUGAUAAAAAAGCUGAUUGACAAGGAGACGAAUAAUUGGCAAGACCUGGAUGGAACAAGGAGCAUACGUUGUCGUCAAGACUUCGAAGACAACCACCCUUCCCACAUGAAAAUUCCGGACUUUCUCUUUCCCGUUGCUCAAGCUGAUAUAUCUGAGUGCUCAACAUACGCAGUAGUUAGUCGUCUAAAGGCUUCCCCAACUUACACCAUCACAUCUUGUGGCGGCUCUUUAAGCCAUCCUGACUUCCCGGGCGUGAUGAUUGCUAUCCCUGAAAAUGCUGUUGCACCUAACUCAAAGCUUUCGGUGGAGUUAAAGGUGCAAGAAGUUCUAAAUGAAGAUUUUGAAGGGGAUGGUAAAUUUCUUGGACCUGUAUUGCGAAUUAAAUGCGUCGAAGCUGUUCAGUUCUUGAAACCUGUCACUAUUCAGCUGCCAAUUUCUCUUCGAGAGCAGGAAGACAUGAAUCUGAGUCCCACAACAUGUCACGUCAGAGUGCUGUUCCUCAAGUCCGAUAAUGGUCAAAAAGAAUGGAUCGAUAUCACUGAUAAUCUUGUGAACCCACCAAGUCUGGAUCGAAGGUUCGUAAGGUUCCAUGUGAAACGGUUCUCUGGAUAUUCAACAUAUGUUGAGAGGAGAGACGAAUACUCCAGGUUUUAUGUAAAAAGAAUUAUAAAUUUCCUUAAAAGCCGCAUUUUUGUUCAGCCCAGACUAACAGUCUUCUUUGCUUACUUUCGUCCGGAUCUUAUAAAUAUUUUGCGUCUGAUUUGUUGCCCUGCUCAAAUUAAAGGGGAGGUGGAAAUGAAACUCGAAAAACAAGGCAUAAUGCCUAUUUGCAACAACUCAAAGAAAGAUAUGACACCUGGGUACGACGAGGCAUCCGUGUCUGUAUCAGGAGGAAUAUACCCUUAUAUAAAGAGUGACAUGGAGGAAAUGUACCUUAGGGUUUUAGAGAACGAUCCAGACGAUGCUGAGUUGGAGGUUUGUUUUCGUGAUGGCGAAAACAUAGCACGAGUGGAGUUUUUUAGAAAACCCCAAGAGCCAUUGUGUAAAUUGCACUUAAGAACACCCUGCACUAAGGGUACGGAUCGGUCAGACUCGUCGGAACUUACUCGUCAGUCUAGUGCAGUGAUGGAAGGCAGUCCAACGGAAAGUGUGCUAGAGCGUCUAUCAAACAAAAUCCGCCGUAGAGAUUGGAGAAAGCUUGGGCGGCGGUUAAACUUCCAUGAAGCACAGUUGGAUGAAUUUGAUAACGACAAUGAACAAAUAUCCGAAAAAGCAUAA